AUGUACACUGUUUUGUAUUUUGCAGUGUCCAAAUUUAACUACAAUCAGUCGGAGAGCUUGUUCGUCUUGGCCCCCGUGAAAGAUCUCUACCUCGGAUCGGUGAUGAGCGCGAUGGGUCUGGGUUUUCUGCUCUCUAUGCUGUUCUUCAUAGAGCAAAACAUCGUGGCCUCGCUCACCAACGCCCCAGAGAACAGGUUGGUGAAAGGGACGGCUUAUCACUGGGACCUCCUCCUGGUAGCAAUGAUCAACACGGGGCUGUCGAUUGUGAGCGUGAAGGAGACGCGCCUGACCACAUUGGUGGCCAACUCUCUGGUGGGCCUCUCCCUCCUCCUCCUCCCUUUCCCUCUCCAGCUCAUCCCGAAGCCCGUCCUGUACGGGCUCUUCCUUUACAUCGCCUUGACCUCCAUCGACGGGAACCAGCUGUUUGAGAGGGUGGCCCUUCUGCUCAAGGAACAGGUAACUUGCAAAUGUGCCGGCCGCUUGGUCCCUGCAGAACACCGUGCUGUUUCUCUCUCCUUCUCGCUCAGAUACAACCUGCUCCCCAGCAUCAUCGAAGCGAAAUAUUUAGACGCCAUGGACGCCGAACACUAACCGCGCGACCAUAUCCAUCCUGGCGACGUUUUGGUCUUCCGGAUCAGAAAGGGAGCUGCCUGAACGACCGACCCCGAAUCGCUCGUUUGGACGUUGGUUUCCUUCUGCGACCUUCGUUUUCUACUGCACUACAACUCCUACCCAAAUUCCUGACUCCAUUGACCGACCAAGUGCCGCCCCCCCCUCCCCCGUUUUCAGGGUGUGAGGAGGAGGGAGGGGAAGAGGCACAAGCGAGGAGCGAGGAUACCUCUCCCCUCUUUUAUAGACGGAUCGCUAGAAAACGCUCCGGAUCCCUUUUUUUUCGUUGGACAUGAAUUCUAUGCAAAUUUCGGGAGCUUCGUCGUUCGGCCUCUCGUGGUCCUCUGACGUCCGUCGUCUUCUGAACGAGACAUCCUCCCCCCCCUUGUCCUCCCCCGAACAAGGAGGUUGCCGGGAAACACCAAGAUGUCCUCCCCGUGGAAUUUUCACCCUCUCGUUCCAUCGGGGGGGCCGCCUUCGCAUGUGGCGAGGGUGCGGAAGCGCGUUUCGGCGGAACCCAGAACCCCGCCGUAGGAAAACAAGACUUGCUUCGGAAGCUGCUUUCCGUACCGCCGCGGUGACUUGGCCUGGCGGCUUCUCCUCCGACGUGCAUUAUGACUUGAGCCUCCCUCUCUUUGGCCUCGGGUAUCAAGUACUAACUUCCCUGUACAUAAUAUAUAUAGCGGAUCUCGAUUUUCUGUAUAUAUUUUGCAUAUCAAUACCGUAUCCCUGGGUAUCCGAUGCCUGUUUUUUUCCCAGGGACU